UUGGAACACAAUCUCAUUAAUGGCUUCCAUGUUAAAGUUGCUGCAAAUUCUACUCAUUGGUUCUGUUUUCCUGAAACACAUAAGCUAUGCUCAAGAUCAAAGUACCUUCAUCUACAACGGAUUCAAUGCGUCCGACCUGAAUCUGAGUGGGCUUGCAGUUGUGCAGCCUAAUGGUUUGUUACAGUUAACAAAUAUUACAGACCUCCAAGUUGGUCGCGCUUUCUUUCCGCUCCCUUUCAAGUUCAACAAGUCUCUUUCAUUUUCUACCAACUUCGUUUUCGCCAUUGAUCCUCAGACACAUGCUGUUGGUAAUACAUCUGCAAAUGGUGGCCAUGGUUUUGUCUUUGCUCUGUUACCAUCUUUGGACUUUCCAAAUGUUUCAUCAACCGAAUACUUUGGAAUCUUCGACAAAAACACCAGUACUGGCUUUUCUUCCAACCAUAUCAUUGCGGUUGAGUUUGAUACGGUAAAGACUGCUGAUUCUUUAGAGAAGGACAGCAACCAUGUUGGAAUUGAUGUCAAUAGUUUGACAUCUAUAGUGUCAGCUCCAGCAGCAUACUUUUCAGACAAUCAGGAAUCUAAGAACCUAACGCUCAUAAGUGGAGACCCGAUGCAGGUAUGGAUAGACUAUGAUCAAGUGGAGAUGAUACUAAAUGUAACAAUUGCUCCUCUAGCAAGCAUAAGACCUGAAAAGCCUCUGUUGUCGAAAAAUAUCGAUCUUUCUUUAGUUCUGUUAGAUUCUAUGUAUGUUGGUUUCUCUGCAUCUACAGGUUCCAUGGCUAGCUACCAUUAUAUUCUUGGUUGGAGCUUUAACAAAGGUGGGCCUAGUCAAAGUCUUGAUAUUUCGCAGCUUCCUCCACUUCCGCCACCUCCUCCGCUUCCUUCAGACCCUCCACAGACUCAUAAAUCGCUAAUCUUACCAGGUAUAGUCAUAAUCUCAUUGUCGGUGACGAGUUUUGUGCUGAUUCUUAUCAUUGUAGCAGCAUAUUUAUUUCUAAGGAAGAAAAAAUACGAAGAAUUGCGCGAAGAUUGGGAACAAGAAUAUGGACCUCAAAGAUUUUCCUACAAGGAUCUGUAUAAAGCAACGGAAGGAUUCCAAGACAAACAACUUCUGGGAUCUGGAGGUUUCGGAAAAGUCUAUAAAGGAGUUUUGCCUUGUUCUGAUAUACAAGUUGCAGUCAAGAAGUUUUCACAUAAUUCCGAACACGGAAUGAAGCAAUUUGUAGCUGAAAUUGCAAGCAUGGGAAGGCUAAGGCAUAGAAAUUUGGUUCAACUUCUAGGCUAUUGCAGGCGAAAGGGCGAGCUUCUCCUAGUUUAUGAUUAUAUGCCAAAUGGGAGCCUGGACAAAUUCCUAUUUCAGAAUUACACGCAUGACACGCAGAGUCUAAACUGGGUCCAACGACAUCAAAUCCUGAAAGGAGUCGCAUCUGCUCUUCUUUACCUUCAUGAAGAAUGGGAACAAAUCGUUCUGCACAGAGAUGUGAAAGCUAGCAACGUAAUGUUGGAUGCUUAUCUGAAUGGUAGAUUAGGAGAUUUUGGACUCGCGAAGUUUCAUGAGCGAGGUUCAAUUGCUGAAACGACAUGUGUGGUUGGUACAGUAGGAUACCUUGCACCAGAAGUUUCAAGAACAGGAAGAGUCACAACCAGCAGCGAUGUUUUUUCUUUCGGGACAUUGAUGCUUGAAGUGGCUUGCGGAAGAAAGACUAUAGAGCCACGCAGACCAGCCGGUGAAGUGAUUUUGGUGGACUGGGUUGUUGAAUGUUGGAGAAGAGGUUAUAUUAUUGAGACAAGUGAUCCUAAUUUAAGAGGUAAGUACAUGGUGGAAGAAAUGGAAUUGGUUUUGAAGUUAGGGCUGCUUUGUACUCACACUAAACCCACAGCCAGGCCUACCAUGAGGCAAGUUAUGCAAUAUCUAGACGGAAAGGCGGUCUUACCGGAGAUACCGCCGGGGACUACUCCUCGCAGAGGUUUGGUGAUAUUAGAUGAACAACCAUCUCAAGAUUUCAUUUCAUUGUCCUCUGAAUACAAUGAGUAUUCUAGCUUGUCUAUUACUUCUUCAGCUCUCAACUUUGGUCGCUGAAUCUCCACAAUUGAUAGGAUAUUCAAACAUCAGUUAGUGUAGAUAGCUAGUUUACAUCAAUCAAAACUCUUUUGUAAUCUCUAUAUAUCAUGUAUCUUUACUCAAAGAAUAUGAAUAAGAAUAUCUCACUACACCAAA